AUGCGUCGACUACUUGAAAUCAGUUUCCUGUCUCAGGGCCUGCUUGCGGCUGCAUCACCACUGACACGCCGACUAUCAUCCAACGAUACAUUUUCUCUGUACGCAUACGGAAACAAUAUUGGGGGUCUCCCAAUUCUAUACUCGAACGGUCUCGCCUACAUUGGAAACGAUUCCUCCUUGAAUUCCUCGUUCCAAAGCCCAUAUUUUCCUAACAUCCAGCUUUUUCUAAAUAUAGUCACAAAGUCUUCCUCCAACACCACACUCAUCGCGAACCCCAACACCACGCUGUCUUCCAACGCCAGUUGGAGCUCACAGAUCUUCGCCGUACCAGCAACAGGCUCAACUGGCCAGGUCAGCUUCGUGGCUGACACAUCUUCCGAUGCUGUCGUGACUUCGGGCUUUUUCUUCUACGGGCACGUCGCAAUGUUGUUGACUUCUUCGGGGAAUGUGGAGUCUCUGUUCUUCGCGCAGGACACCGACACCGACGGUCUAUGGAAAUUGAUGUGGAACAUGACAGCCGCGGAUGGCAGUCUCGUUCCACUCACGCUAAAGAACUCUGCUCCUCCACGGAUUAGGAUGGUCUCUUCUGUGCAAAAUAAGCUGUAG